CUGACGGAAGUAGGCCAUUUCACUUCCUCUCUGGUCGCCUCCAGGGCACAGCAGGGUGUGUUAUUUUCAGCAUGGCGGCAAUUGGAGUUCAUUUCGGAUACACAUGUGCCUGUGUGGCGAUAUGUAAGGAUGGUCGGGCUGAUGUGGUGGCUAAUGAUGCAGGAGACAGAGUGACUCCAGCUGUGGUGGCCUACACAGACACUGAGCAGAUUGUAGGCAUUGCAGCAAAGCAAGGACGGGUCCGCAAUGCUGCCAACACUGUAGUCAAAGUGAAACAAGUGCUGGGGAGAAGCUUUCAAGAUCCAGAGACACUGAGUCACAAAGCAGAGAGUAAAUGUCCUGUGGUGGACAGAGGAGAGAAGCCUCAUUAUGAAAUCACAGCCGGGGAACAAACUAAGUAUGUUGCUCCAGAAGACGUCGCAAAGCUCAUUUUCCAGAAAAUGAAAGAAACGGCUCAGUCGGCGCUGGGUUCUGAUGUCACUGAUGCUGUCAUCACUGUUCCUUUUGAGUUUGCACAGGCUCAGAAGGGUGCUCUAAGGGAUGCUGCUGAAGCUGCAGGCUUCAAUGUAUUGAGACUGAUCCAUGAGCCUGCUGCAGCUCUGGUGGCCUACAACAUUGGACAGGAUUGUCCUUCUGGCAAGAGCCAUGUCCUGGUGUAUAAGAUGGGUGGGACAUCUCUGAGUGUGACAGUGCUGCAGGUGAAUGGAGGAAUGUUCCGAGUUCUUAGCACCCACACAGACCAUAGUAUCGGAGGAGAGAGCUUCACCCAGGCUUUGGCCCAGCAUCUCGCUGCUGAGUUCAAAAGGUCCUUUAAGCAGGAUGUGAGUGGUAAUGCACGGGCAAUGCUGAAGCUGAUGAAUGGAGCAGACAUGGCCAAACAUUCGCUGUCUUCGUUAGGAUCAGCCAACUGCUUUGUUGACUCUUUGCAUGAUGGCAUGGACUUUGACUGCAAUGUCUCCAGGGCUCGGUUUGAGCUGCUCUGUUCCUCUCUCUUCAACAAGAGCAUGCAGCCAAUCAAAAAUCUGCUGGAGGAGGCAGGACUGUCCACCAGUGACAUCAACAAGGUCGUUCUUUGUGGAGGCUCAGCCAGGAUUCCGCGUCUCCAGCAGAUGAUGCGGGAGAUGUUCCCUGAUGUGGAGCUGCUCAGUUCAGCUCCACCUGAUGAGGUCAUAGCUGUGGGGGCCGCCCUGGAAGCUGGCUUAUUGGUCAGCAGGGAUAGCCCCACUCUAGAGGAUGAGUCGGUCACAGUGGAUGCUUCUGCCUCUGACAUACUGGUGAAGGAGGUGGACGAAUCAGGAGCUGAGGUGUUUAACGUGCUCCUUCCAUCAGGUACACCCCUCCCUGCCCGUCAACAUCACAUCCUGAGUGGCUGGGGCCAGCUGUCUUCUCUCUCCCUGGAGAUUUACCAGAGAUCAACCACUGAACAGCCAGAGAAACUAGCUAAGAUUAUCCUCAGAGAUCUGGAGCCCAGAGAAAACAACCACGACAUUGACACUGUAGUGACCAUGAAAAGGGAUGGCUCUCUCCAUGUUUCCUGUGUACAUCAGAGUAGUGGAAGAUCAGAGGUCAUCACCAUAGCAGCAGCAUCCUGAAGCCACCAAGCUGUGUUUGCACCCAAUGUGUCUUGUUUCUUUCUUUUUUUUUUUUUUUUAAUAUUGACUUAAUAAAGUACACAAACCCAAAA